UUUUUUUUUUUUAAGCUCUUUUUUCCUUUUUACUUUUUUAAUUCCAAAUUCAUUAUAUUUCUGUCUACGUAGAACGCUUUUCUAUACUAGUUUACCUCUAGAUUGACCGUUUGUUACAAAAGUCUUAAAUGUAUCAACCACCACCAGGGCAGAAGCCAGAACACGAUCAAUAUCCUUUACAGGACACCCAAUUCUCUCAUCAACCACCAAUGACCCGUUCACCGUUUGAUGACGACCAUUACCCUGCGGAUCAGAAUAUGCCGCCUUACGACCAUCAACCUCUCUUAUCGCCAGCAGGGCCAACUUACCCGCCUAGCAGCAAUCCACAACCAUAUCCUCCUACUGGAAUGGCAACCUAUCCUCCAAUCAGUCCAGGUGAUUUAUCACCUUAUCCUUCGUAUGAUAGCAGUUCACCCAUUGUUCCCCAAUACUUUAAUCCACCCUCACCCAAUAUGCAUUACGGAGAAGCACCAAAGCGUCAACCUCGUCGCUACAAAACAACGCGACAAGUAAAAUUGACAAAAGGUAAUUUGGUAUUGGAUUGUCCUGUCCCCACUGCCUACUUGAAGGAUGUGCCCUUGAAAGAUGAGGAGGAGUUCACGCAUAUGCGCUAUACAGCUGCUACCUGUGAUCCCAAGGACUUUGUUAACGAGGGAUAUACACUUCGUCAACAGAUAUACCGCCGUAAAACGGAAUUGUUUAUUGUGUUAACUAUGUACAACGAAGAUGAAGUCCUAUUUACACGUACAAUGCAUGGUGUGAUGAAAAAUAUAGCUCAUCUUUGUUCGCGUAGCCGUUCAAAAACUUGGGGACCUUCUUCUGGUGGACCAGGAUGGCAUAAAGUCACUGUUUGUAUCGUUUCUGAUGGCCGUAACAAAAUCAAUCCACGUACGCUAAACGUCUUGUCACUUUUGGGUGUUUAUCAAGAUGGUGUUGCCAAGAACGUUGUUCAUGGUAAACCAGUCACAGCACAUAUAUAUGAAUACACUACACAAAUUUCGAUAGAUCCCGAUAUGGAGAUCAGAAAAGCUGGUUCCAAGAACGUUGUUCCUUGUCAACUUUUAUUCUGUUUAAAGGAAAAGAAUCAAAAGAAAAUCAACUCUCAUCGUUGGUUCUUUCAAGCAUUUGGUCCUAUUUUGGAUCCCCAUGUGUGUGUCUUGAUUGAUGUGGGUACUCGACCUGGCGGCACUUCCAUUUAUCAUUUAUGGAAAGCAUUUGAUAUCAAUUCUAAUAUUGCAGGCGCCUGCGGUGAAAUUCGUGCUAUGUCUGGUACAGCAGGUGUAGCGUUGUUGAAUCCUUUGGUAGCUGCCCAGAAUUUUGAAUAUAAAAUGUCCAAUAUUCUUGAUAAGCCUUUGGAAUCAGUAUUCGGUUAUAUUUCUGUCUUACCAGGUGCGUUUUCUGCGUACCGGUUUCAAGCUUUACAGAAUGACGUGGAUGGCCAUGGUCCUUUAGAAAAGUACUUCUUGGGUGAAACUCAACAUGGCGGCGAUGCAGAUAUUUUUACAGCGAAUAUGUAUUUGGCAGAAGAUCGUAUUUUAUGUUAUGAAUUGGUAGCAAAAAAGAAAGCGCACUGGGUUUUGCAUUAUGUUUCUAGCUCUUAUGGUGAAACUGAUGUACCCGAUAAAGUAGAUGAAUUUAUUUCUCAACGUAGACGUUGGCUGAAUGGGUCAUUCUUUGCUGGUGUUUACGCUCUUUAUCAUUGGCGCAAGGUCUGGGCAUCAGAUCACUCGUUUUUGCGUAAAAUGAUGUUCAUGUUUGAAGAUAUUUACAACACCUAUAAUUUGAUUUUUUCGUGGUUUGCCCUGGGUAACUUUUAUUUAACAUUCUUUAUUCUGACAAGAGCUCUGAUUCCAACAGAUGACCCAACAAGUUUAUCCAACGCUCCAUUCUCCGCCAACGUCGCCAGUCUUCUUCAUAAUAUCCUCAACUACAUCUAUAUCAUUUUGAUCGUGAUUCAAUUCAUCAUUGCUCUUGGUAACCGCCCUCAGGGUUCGAAAGUCGCUUAUACGGGGUCUAUGGUGUUCUUUGCUUUUUUGAUGAUCUAUAUGAUGUUUGCUGCUAUUUGGAUUACCGUUGUAGGAGUGACCACAAUUGUCGAAGAAGCCAAUGGAGAUUUUAUGCAAAUGCUGGGUCAAAGCGCUUUUAGGAACAUCAUCAUUUCACUCUGUGCUACUUAUGUGAUGUAUUUUGUUUCUAGUUUCAUGUUUUUGGACCCUUGGCACAUGUUCACCAGUUUCCUUCAAUAUAUCCUCUUAUCCCCGAGUUAUACCAAUGUGCUCAACAUCUAUGCAUUCUGUAAUACCCAUGAUGUCUCAUGGGGUACAAAAGGUGAUAACACAGUAGCCACGGAUCUAGGUGUCGUCAAGGCAAAGAAAGAUCAAUCGGGUGAUUUGGCUGUUGAAGUUGAAAUGCCGGUGGAAGAGAAGGAUAUCAAUGGUGCCUAUAUUGAUGCCCAAGUAGAACUAACAAAAAAGGUGGAACCAGAAAAACAGCAUCGUGAUGCAAAGACAAAGCAAGAAGAUUAUUAUCGUUCUUUCCGUACUCGUUUGGUACUAUCAUGGAUUAUUUCGAACCUGGCCUUAGUGGUUGCCAUCACCAAUACGUCUGUUAUCACAACCGGAGACCGAUCCGCCGUUUAUUUAGGCUUUAUCCUUUGGUCUGUUGCCGGUUUAUCUUUGAUAAGGUUUACGGGCUCCACUCUCUACUUGAUAUUUAAAAUAUUCACUGGUUAAAUCAAAAUUCCCCAUUUCCCAACAUUCAUCGUAUCUUAUAAACAUAAUUAACCAUAUUCUUUAUAUAAAAUGUAUAUGUUUUCUAAUGAAUGACUGAGUUCUUUCUCUUUCUGCUUCUACCAAAAAAAGAAAUAAAGAAAAUCAUCGCGUCGUAUUACCAUGGUCUGUCGCAGUUUAACUGACUCUGCUUUACAGUCUAGGGUAAAACGGAAAAACUGUCGUAUUUUAACGUUAUCCGGACACUCUUUCUCUUAAUUUGCUAGCAUUGAAGCUGAGAAUUAGAAAGUUGCAAAAACAAUGGAGUAAUCAAUGAAUUUAUGCCUUAUGCUAAACCUUAAAAAAAUCUUAUCAGAUCGUCUUUUAUUUGUUGGAGCA